AUGAAGAUUCCUGUCCUUCUCUUUGUUUUAUUUUUCUUUCUGGCCCCAUUGCCACCAAGUAAAAGAGAAGUCUCAGCUGAGUCAGCUGGAGAAAAAGAGACUGAAUUGCCAAGAGUGGUUUAUGUUGGUCCCAGGAGGGAAUCUCAAAAAGGACUUGUAACCUUAAUAAAAGGUAAAGCUCCUGUAAAAUGUGCCAUGAAAGACGCCUAUGGUUGCUUCAUCCAAAGAGGCAAAUGUAGACGCGAGUGCCAUGAUUCUGAAAAACGAGUUGAUUUCUGCACACGGCUAAAUGCCAACUGUUGUAUGUAGGAGUCUGAAAUAAAAAUCAACAUCCCUGACAAAUAGAGCACACAUUUGAGAACACCGGAGUGUGCAAAAAUUUUCUGCCCUAUUUAGAGGAGAAGCCAAAAGUGAUCUGAUGGUCUUUGACAGGAAUACCGAUUCAAUAAUCACUUAGUUUUAAUGACCUCUGGAG